AUGCUAGGCAUCACUGUCGCAUCUCGAGGCAAAGACAGGCACUGGGUAGGGACAUGGACAUCGAUGCCUCAGGAGGUCGAGAUCGGUAAUCUAGCCCCGCCCCCGUUUGGAGGAGAAGAUGUUCCAUACCAGUUCCGAAACAGCACUAUACGCCAGACUCUCCGGACUUCCAUCCGGGCUGAACGCAUCCGUAUUCGAAUCUCUAACGUCUUUGGCAAAACUCCCUUACCCAUCACGGCAGCAUCGGUUGCUCUUCCACUCAACGGAAAUGCCGGUGUCGGAGAGAUCGAUGGAUCCACCACGAGACGCCUGACGUUUGAGGGUUCCGCGUCCACAACCAUCGGCCCAGGGGAAUUUGUCGACUCCGACCCCGUCCAUUUCAGGCUUCCGCCUCUAUCAAAUCUUGCUCUGUCAAUAUAUCUUGAAGACGGGCAGCUGGGUAACAAGAUCACCGGCCAUCCUGGCAGUAGAACGACGUCAUGGAUGGGGACCGGUAAUCUUGUCAACGCAUCUUCCGUCUCCGAGGCCAGUACUCGACACUGGUAUUUUGUAAGCGCAGUUGAGAGCUGGACACCAAGGAAUCACUAUUCAGUCGUUCUUCUGGGAGACAGUAUCACUGAUGGGCGCGGAAGUGAGGAUGAUCGAAACAACCGCUGGUCCGAUUUCCUCGCAGCCCGUCUGCAGGCAUCAAAAAAGCCGCACAUCGCCGUAAACAACCAGGCCGCUGGCGGAAACGCCGUUCUCAGCGGCGGCCUCGGCCCCCCUCUCCUCCAGCGCUACCACCGCGACGCCCUGCAGCAAAACGGCGCAAAGUACGUCCUCAUAUUCGAAGGCGCCAACGACAUUGGGACUUCUCCCACGGACGACCUCACGCAGCGGCAGCUCACCGAGCGCCUUAUAAAUGCCUACGCGGAGAUAGUCGCGGCCUGCAAGAAGGCGAAUAUGCGGACCAUUGGCGCGACGAUCACCCCCUUUACUGGAAGCCAGUAUGGGGAUGCGAGGAGGGAGGAGACGAGGUUGGAGGUAAAUGGCUGGAUUCUGAACAAUGGGACGUUUGACUAUGCCGUUGACUUUGCGUCGGUUAUUGCAGACGGGGAUAAGCUGCGUCCCGAGUUUGAUUCGGGGGACCAUUUGCAUCCGAAUGUAGAUGCGUACCGGGAGAUGGGUUCUCGAUUUCCGGUCCAUAUAUUUGAACGGUAA